AAUAAUUUCAUGACAUUUCAGUCAUGUGAUCGUCGUUAUCAACCAAGUUGUAAACUAAGAUGGAGGACUAGGGGGCUUAAAGGAUUUGGAGGUUGGUAACACCAGUACUAAACAUGGAGAUCUUGUCGGACGACAACGCUUCGGAAUCCCGCUUUCCUCUGAAGAAACCUUUGCCCCCAAUAGGUGGAGGAGGGGAUAAUGAUGACAUUGAACUCCCCAACUCGGGCUCAGAUAGUCAAGACGAACAAAUUAACUCCAAAGAUGAAGAUGACAAAUCUACUGUGUCAAAUGCCUCUUCUACAGCCAAACAAGGAAGCGGUAAAACUCGGCCAGCGGUAUUACGAGGAUUCCGACGAGAAGCUCCCGAACCCGAAUCAGGAACCGACAAAAGUUCAGGGGACGGCACACCCACAGGAAGAAAGUCCAGGUCUAGAAAGAGAGACAUCAUGAAAAAAAAAACUUUCGAUGGUCGUGAAGUAACGUUUAUAACCGAGAAUACCCAGACAGACUGGGAUUGGCUAGAGGAAGCGGAGAAAUCCGGAACAGCUCGUCUACUUGGACCUCGAGAUAGUUUACUUUCUUUGCACGAAGAAGAUGGCCUCUCACCAGGUAAGAAGGAGGAGUCUAAGGCCGACAUCCCCACCCUACAGGAGGAGUCCUCCGCCCCCUCCCCGUACCCCAUCAACGAUGAGUUCGGGGUCCCCAUGUUAGAACUCAGCAGUGACUCUGAUACGAGUUCUGAUGAGGAGGAAUAUACAGGGAAGAAAGUGCAGGAUGAUCGCACUUUCAUGCCUAGUAUCGGUCCACCACAAAUACUGCAGUACAACAAGGAAUCUGAGAAAAAGGUUAUAGAGGUCAGCGAGCCCUCUGAGCGCACUCAAGAUGAAGAGGCUGAGGUAGACGAGCAUGGCCGCGUCGUGGGAAUGUUCGGAGGAACGUGUGAGUUCUGUGGUCACGCGGUCCAGCCCUGGCCCACCCUGGAACAACAGCAGACUCUCCCCCCAGACCAGCUGUACUGCUGUAACGACUACAGGGAGUUUGUCGAGUUCACUACAGAACAGGCGCAGGCCGUAGAGGCGGAACAUAAAUCGCUGACCAAGAAAAUCAGCAUCUCCAGUCACCCUCACUAUGGAAGCUCAAAAGAGGAUAGAAAAGUGGCUAAAGAAAGGGCUUUACAGAGAAUGAGAGAGAAGGAAAUGCAGAGGAAGCAACAGGAAGCCUCUGGCUUUCAGCAGCAGUCUAAUUUCUAUUCUUCCGUUAGACCCGUUUUUCGACACAGACAGCUGAUGAACGUCCAGAAUAUGUACAAAGAUUUGGAUAGCCAAUCUCCACCACCAUUACCAAGCAUAGAUGAAACUUUCGAUUUCCCCAGUAAAAGCCCUACCAAAUCAGGGUUAAGUUUCCAUAAAUCUAGGUCCUCUGGGAGUUUUAUUCCCUCUGUGCCUCCCUCUGGUGCCAGUAAAAGGCAGCAGGAAAAGUCCGAAAAAAUUCUGACCUACGCGGAACUUCGUAACCCAGAGAGUCAAACUGGGUUGGCAGUCGCUCAGAAGAUGAAGACAAUAAAUUACCAGCUGUCCUCCCAGAAAUGUCUGGAGGAGGGCUGGACGGUCCGACCCCCCAGUCCCCUGGCGGGCGAGGAGGAGGAUGACACCUUCAUACCGGAGCCAAUCAACAUAGACCUCAUCAAGAGUGGAAAGUUGGGUCUAGUUGAGAAGUUUUAUGAAAAUGGACAGAAGUUCCUGACCAUGUUUCCAGAUGGAACAGGGAAUAUUUUCUAUCCCUCAGGAAAUCUGGCCAUUGCUAUAACCUCAGUACAGCUGGGACAGUUUAAUUACGUGGUACAGGCAGACUUAGAGAAGCCCAGCAUUCUAGCCGUGUUUGAACCCAAUGGAUUUGCCUGUUGUUACCACCCUAAUGGUGUAGUCAGAUUAAAUAUGGACCAGCUAGGAGGUAUAGAACUGGAUUACACUGGAGCCAAGAAGAGGAAGUGGCUGUGGAAGGAUCAGAACACCCACGUACACGCUCCUCCCUUCCAGCCGAUCCACUUCCUGCUGAACCACUACAUCGGGGUCAGGAUCCUGGCCCAGGAGAGAAUGGUGCUAGACUUCAGUGCUGGAGACAGGGGAAAGAGGUUCAAUGUGGGGGCAAGACUUAAGGUGAACCAUUUAAAUCAAAUUCUAUAUACACUGAAAUUGAUGCAUGUCUUCAUUGUUAUUUGUUUGCAGAAAAUCAGAGUUGAGAAAAUGUUGGACAAAGUGGCCACAUUAUUGAAAUUCCCCAAAUCUCCCAAAAUUGACAAAAUACUGCCUCCACUACAUGUGACAUCCAAGGCUCUGAAAACGGAACGUCUGAGGCAGGAACGAGCCAAUCAAAUCGCAACGCAGGAGGCCAAGAAAAACAAACAGGCCCCCAUCCCCGCCAUAAGUUAGAGAAUCCAUUCAUCAUUGUUUCCCAUAUCUGUGUUCAGUUGUGUCAGUAAAGGAUCGUAUGCUUUUAUUGAAAUUCGAGAGACUCUGUGUGUGAUCUAACUAUUAUUCUGGUAUAAGUGUUUCCUUGUAAAAAAGAUAUAUAUUUAUUUCUCAUCUGCAGGUUUGAAUGGCAAUAUACUAGUAUAUAGUUAUAUGUAUAAGGAAUUCAGAUAUUUAUACAUUUAUUGAAGCACACACGCUGCCAAAUCUUGCUGCUUUUAUUGUAUAUUCCGCAGCAAUAAAUUACGUGUUUUACGUUAGUGUACUUUACUCGGCUUAAUAUAUACCGUUCACUGUAUUCAGUCUUGCUUGUAGCUCAACAUUUCUGUACUAGUCACAUCUGUGUUUUUCCCCUCCGUCCUUUAUUAUAUUUUUCCGCUGUCCAUUACUGUAUUUUAGUUACCCUGAUAUUGUUCAAAUUUUUUGUUUUUGUUUACACUUUUUGUAUAUCAAUGUAGCUAUAUUUAUCUGUGAUAUUUGCAUUUAUCAAUGUUCGUUGUUUGUUACUCAACAUAUUGGUUGUUGGAGUACUUUUUAUGAAUGGUUUAAAUGGCCGUCAUUCAUCAUUGUUAAAUAUUUUAUGACACAUAUCACUAUUUUGCUGAUUUUAAAGAAUAAAUCAGGGGGAUUGGGUAAUUUUUUUUAGUCCACACAUUCCAUUGCGUCAAAUAACUUUGUAGAAAUCUUUGUAUCACAUUAUAUUUGUGGAAACACGUCUUUUAAUGUACUGCUGAGCUUAUUAAAUACCUAGCUUUAUUCGGAGAUACUGCUGACAAAAGUUUAUAAUUAACUUUAGAGUUUAUAAAUUAGUUGUUUAUAUUUUUGGACUAAGUUUACGGAGUAAUCAAAUGCUAUACAGUAUUAUAAAGCAUGAUGUUUAAAUGUUUUGUAAUAGAUUUAUUGUAAAAGCAGAGUCAUUUUCCCCUUUAUGGAAUUUAUCCUAGAAUUGUGAAUUUUCUUUGCAUAUCAAGCAUUAUAUAAAAAUUUAUUUAAAUA